GUUUGGAAAUGGAGUGGGCGGCUCUGUGUGUGUGAGCAUGAAUGAUGUCAGGCGGGACCGCGGCGAGCAGGAGAUUCGCGGUAAACACGGCGGCGGCCCCCGGCCCGCAGCCGCCCCCCGGCCCCGGCGCUGCUGAGCCGGCGCGGCGGGCGGGGAACCCCCGCGGAGCGUCAGCCUCCGCUGCCGCCCUUAAAGGCGGUCCCUGCGCCCGGGGAGGUGGGGGGAGAUCAGGCUGAGGCUGCCGGAGGAGCCAAUUGCAGGGGAAGGUAGAGAUUGUGGCAAACUUUCUAGCUGCUUCUGCGUGCGGUUGCCUCGGUGGUGGGAGUGUCUGGCCAUAAGGAACUGCAAAGCCCAAACCGGAGUGCCGUGAGGCUUCAGAAAAGACUUCCAGCUGCCUUUAAAGGAGGAAUUGCCAGCAGUGCGAGCUUUUACCGGUACGGCUGAGUAGAUGAUACAGCUCUAGAGAAAGAAAGACUUGCCUUCACAACUUGCUUUACAGUAUCUGAACAGUGAAAGCACAAUGGACACUUAAAGUUUUACAGAAAUCAUCUAGGAACAAGAACGUUGGACUUCGAGGAAUAAAAGACUUUAGAGAGCCCAAAAAUUGGUUACUGAUAAACCUGACUUCGCCAUACAGCUUGGGAAUGAAUACUAUUGAGACAGCAAAGCUUGAGGAGCAUAUGGAGGGUCAGAACAAUGAUACUUCUAACAGCUACUCACGACCUACUCUCUCAGUCAGUGAAGAGAAUAAAAAUGGCACUAGCAAACCAAAGGGCUUGUCUAAUGGCUUGCGUAAAACAACAAAGAAAUAUCCUGACUACAUCCAGAUUGCUAUGCCUGCUGAGUCUAGGAACAAAUUUCCUCUGGAAUGGUGGAAAACAGGCAUUGCCUUUGUCUAUGCUCUCUUCAACUUGAUUCUAACAACUGUCAUGAUCACUGUGGUCCAUGAGAGAGUACCUCCAAAGGAGCUAAGCCCUCCCUUGCCUGACAAAUUUUUUGAUUAUAUUGAUCGUGUGAAAUGGGCUUUUUCUGUAUCAGAAAUAAAUGGAAUGAUACUAGUUGGAUUAUGGAUAUUCCAGUGGUUGUUUCUUAGAUACAAAUCAAUAGUGGGACGCAGGUUCUUUUUUAUCAUAGGAACUUUGUAUCUGUACCGCUGCAUUACUAUGUACGUUACCACCUUACCCGUGCCUGGAAUGCAUUUUCAGUGUGCGCCGAAGUUGAAUGGAGAUUCUCAGGCGAAGGUUCAGAGGAUUCUGCGGCUGAUUUCUGGUGGUGGUCUCUCCAUAACUGGAUCACACAUCCUGUGCGGAGACUUCCUGUUCAGUGGUCACACUGUGGUAUUAACGCUGAUCUACCUGUUCAUCAAAGAGUAUUCACCACGUCAUUUCUGGUGGUAUCACUUAAUCUGCUGGUUAAUGAGUGCUGCUGGCAUAAUUUGUAUUCUUGUUGCUCAUGAACACUAUACCGUAGACGUCAUCAUUGCUUACUAUAUCACCACACGGCUCUUCUGGUGGUACCACUCAAUGGCUAAUGAGAAGACUUUAAAGGUCUCUUCACAGACAAAUUUUCUCUCUCGUGCGUGGUGGUAUCCAAUAUUUUAUUUCUUUGAGAAGAAUGUGCAAGGUUCUGUUCCUUGCAGUUUUUCCUGGCCAAUAUCUUGGCCUCCCAGCUGCUUCAAAUCUUCGUGCAAAAAGUAUUCACGGGUUCAGAAGACAGGAGAGGACAAUGAAAAAUCUACUUGAAGAAAACAAGGAAAGCAUCUGCUCUUUUUUUUUUUUACCAAAACAUUAAUGCUGUAACCAAAGUUCUUGAGGACUACACUGAAACUGAAGAAGUGGACCAAGCUUCUGUGCAAUUGAUUGGAAAGACAAUUGUAGACAAACAUUGCCAUUUCAUAUGUUUUCCUAUCAUCAGGCUGUACAGACCUAUUCUACUCUUCAGUGCUAAGAAUGCACCACUGAUGGCAUUUUUUUUCUUAAAGAAAAAAUGGAGCAGGACUUUGCUUUACUAAUGAGAUAGAGGUGCCAAAGACCGCAUUAACACUUUUGUUACUAUCACUCAUCCACAGAAGCACCCGAAAAUCUCAUCUUCAGAGUUCUGGAGUGUGUAAGGGCAAAACCAUGUUAAAAUGUAAAGGCACUAUAUCAACGUAUUGAGGUAUAUAUAAAAAAAAAAAAUCACAAUUAUGGGAAGUGGUUUGUUGCAUUAUUCUUGAUAAUGAAGGUAAGGCCUUUGUGGGACUGGUACAGCUGGAAGGGACUCUUUAAUUUUUUUACACUCUGUGGGUAUGAAUAUCUUAUGACCCUAAAAUACUACUUACCACCAUUACCUCCCAUAUAUUCUACUAUAUAACAGUUUUUACAUUUUUAUUAGUAAUUUUAUAUUUGAACUGUUGUGCUACCUGAUGACUUUGCAAAUUAGGAAUAGCUGCUAACAUAAGAGCUCAAGGAGCCUAAAAUUUUGUUUUUAAAAAGGACACAGUUUCAAAGUCUAAAUCUUUAAUUGCAGUUUGGCCUUGUGUAUAUAGCUAUACAGUGCCUAAUGGUGUAUGUACAUGCAUAUACACACAAAAGCACACACUACUGUGUAGCUAAACGCAUAUUAAGCAAAACUACUUACUGGAAGGAGUGAUUGUACAGUUCUUGAUUCAGGCAAAAGUCCUAUAGAUCUCACCUGCUUGAGGAAUGCAAGGCUGGGUCCAAAAUGGGGCUGUAUUUCAACUAAACUUUUUAAUUUUAGUAUCUAUCUCUUGCUGAAACUAUGUAGCAAGUUUGCUUGGGAGCCAUAGUUCUGCAUUUAAUUUUUUUUUACGUGUUAGCACGUGUUUCUGUGACUUUAAAAAAACAAAAUACUGCCAAGAUGAAUGCCUACAACAGUAGCACUGCUUCAAUUACUACCUAAAACCAUUUCAUAUUGAAUGAUGCCGUGGUAGAACUCACAUGCAGAUUCCUUUUCCCAGGGUUUCAUUCGAACUAAAAGGGGUAUUUAAGCAAGUUGGUUGAGAACCUAGGGAAUUACCAUGGCAUAAGCAUGUAACAAAACCACAAAUUAACAGCUACCUGGUUCUUGCGGGUUUUUAUUGUUUUGUAUUGUUGGGAAAACAAAGUAGAAGAUUAGUAUACCAUGUUUAACCGUUUAUGUUCUGUGUUAAUUUCUGCAGUUAACUCAAUUUUAUUUUCAAAUCUACAGUAAAACAUGAUAGCAAAGAUAAAACCGCAUUAAGAGUUGAUGUGAUGCUAAUAUAAAGGAAAUGCUGCUUAUUUUAAGAAUGUCUUGAACUGAGUGACAAGCAUGAACACAGUUUAAAUAAUGACAACUUGUUUUUAAAAAGUCCAGUUAAAAUUAUAUAAUGCAAUACAGAGUAUUCAAAUAUGAUUGUUUUUCUUGUUAAGGGGAUCAAUUGCUACAAGUUGUACAUGAGAAUAUUACUGAUGUGCAUUUCAAAUAUUUUUGUGCAUUAUCAAAGUUAUACAAUAAACAGUGUUCCUUACAAUACAUACUUGGUAAAAUUUAGCUAAGAAACAAAUUCUGUGAAAGUUUGGUUUUAUUUAAAGUUAGCUUCUUAGAAUCUUAUAACAUGCCCCUGGAAGUUGUGUAUGUAUCAGCAUACCUGUGUUUUCACUUGCUUGUUCCUGGCAGACCUUGAGCAGCUACAAAGCUAGUAUCAAAACAUUCAUGAAAGUCCUUUUUCUGUAUCACAUAAAUGAAUUGGUUCGAUGUCAGUCUACCAAUCUCCCAAGAUAGUUGUUAUAUCAAUACUACUUCAUAGGGCAUAAUUGUUUUUUUAAGCUGAAUUCUAAGCUUUGUGAUAUCUUAAAAUGAUAAUAGUAUCUUAGGUCAUGUUAAGCCACUUGUAGUAAUACUAUCUUUUAGAAAUAGUGAAUGAACUUCAUCAGCAGUAACCAUGACUUGAAAAUAAUAUGAUGAAAAGCGUUCCAGUAAGGAUCUUAAAUAGUGGUUUUCAUCUGGUGGCUGAAUAAUAAGUUCUUUGAUAGUCUAGAUAAGCAGACAACUAGCUAACCACCACCAUGUCUCUGGGAUUUCUAUAAUAUAUCUGCAAUGCAGAAUUUCUUCAUGCAGAAUGAGGUAUUUGGGUUCUUUACAGUUAUUCCUAUUUCUGGAAGGAAAAAACGUGAAAGUGAUAGAACCAAGUAAAGAUUAUGCUUUUGAGCAAGGUAAGCUUUCAUUCUACUGCUGAAUUUGGUAGCAACUUCAAUUGCAAUACAAAAGGAAAAUUAAAAUGUCAGCCCUAGUUCAAAAAAACUUGAUUCUUGUUCUGGCUUGGCCCUCCCUUAAGUGCUUAAAUUUUCUCCACUGUAUCAAAGCUGUCAAAAGAGGGUAUGUGUUUAUUUAGCAGAGAACCCCACUUCUCUACUCUCUCAAUAGCUUUAAAUUGCUCUUGCUAACUUGGGGGGCAUAGAUGUGUUUGAAGACUCUUUAGGCCUAUAUGUAAGGUGACGAAAUGGGGUAAGUAAUGGUAUAUGCUAGUGCUUACUGCUAUAGUAGUUUAUCCAAUACAAACCACAGCUGAUAUGUAAAAAUUAUUAAUUUUAAAAACUUAGCGAUCACUGUGUAUAAAUUCAAUGAAUCUGAAAACGUGGUUUCAUCCUAAGAGGGAAAAACAUUGCAGUGGGUAAAAAGAACAGGAGAAGCUUUGAUUUCACGUAACGUACUGAUCACUUGAUCGUACGCUUCUUUGGGUUGUAGAUGCCCGAUUGUUUUGCAGUACGCUACUGUAAUUAUUUUUUCCUAGAGUUACAGUAAUAAUCCUUCUUACAGAUGUCACAUGAACUGCACCUGAAUGGUGACUAUAAAUAAAAUGUUCCUCUCUACUGAAAAGCAUUUACAUGUUGAACUUCCCAGACACUUUAAAAAAAAAAAAAGGUACUACGCUUGUAGACCUGGCAUAUCAGUAUGACUUAGAUGCUGUUGGGUGCUUUGCAUUUAUGAAACAAGCUUUCUUAAAUGCCUAACCUAAAUUUUAACCUGGAAUUAAAAGGUUAACUUGAGCAUUUAAAUAAAUGUGCUCCUGUGUGGUCAUGCUGCAGAUGCUUAAUUCCAAUGCCAGAAAUUAUUAACAUAUACUUGAAACCACUGUAAACUGACAUUUUUAUGGUAUGUGUUUAGCACUCCCAUGUGGACAUAAAUGGUACUAAAUGUUAAUAAUUCUUCAUUGCUGUUUUCUUGGAAAGUUAGCUUCAGGUGCGGUACUAGCAAACAGCUGUGCUAAACGCUAUGAACUCCAGUACUGGAUUUGCUUCCCUCCUUAAAGAGGAGGUGGGAGAGAAGGAAGGAGGGGAAAAAAAAAAAAAAACAUCGAGACUGUAUUUCUAUGUUAAGAUACACUAUCUUCAUGUAAUAGAGAAGUAAAGCUCUGUAACAGAACUGGGAAGUAUUUUAAGAGAUGGAAGAGAAUUCUCUUAGAUUAUUGCAAAUCCACUUAUCUGCAUCUUAAAUCAGAAUCUUCAAACUCCAGCCUUCUACCCUUAUUAGUAUCUGGCUAGACAAUUUAUCCUCAGUUGUUUGGUACUAAAGCAAAUUCUCUUUCUCAUUUCAGUAGAUAUAAAGUAUGGUUUACAGUACUAGAGCCCAGAUCCAUUAACUUCAGUGCAAGGUGAAGCCUUUCCAUUUACUUUAAAUGAACUUUCCCACAGCUUUUUUUUUUUUUAAUUACUUAAAAAAAAAAAAAAACAAAAAAACAAACA